UAAUACUUUGGUAUUUGUGAUUAUGAAUGUCUUUUGUUGAGUUAAAAACAAUAUGAUUGUCAUAGUUCAUUAUCAAAGGUUAAAUUGGACCGGUAUGUUGAGAUGCUAUCAGAGAACUAUCAUUUUUAAAGUGGCCACAAAUGUUUUCUUGUUGUUCAACCCAUGAGUCGUUUUCAAAUAAAAUUAUUUUGAUAUAUAAUAUAUAUGUAUUAAAAUUAAUGUAGCCCAAGUGGGAGAAUGUUAGACUUUUUAUUUGGGCUUACAUUAAGUUUUAUUGGUUUUAUUAAAACUUGGGUUGAUUGGAUAGUUCUUUGCUGCGUUAGCCCAUGUUGUUGGUGAUCAAUUGUUAAUGGGCUUAGCAUCUGUGUGUAAAGUCUAGGUGAAGCAGAAGUGUGGGCUUUUCUAGUUGACUGAAGCCUUUGAUGAGCAGGCCCAGCCCAACUAGGGUUUUGUAGCUAAGUCCCCUCCCUAACUCUAUAAAUACAUAUUGUCUCAUCACAAUUGUAUACCUUUUGAUAAUCAGAUAAAUAAACUGCUUCUGAUUUAGAGAUCUAGGGAGGAAGACUUAGUUGAUAGUAUUGCACUAUCAAAGUGGAGUAACUGCUGUGGAUCAAACAGAGAUAAUUGCUAUGGAUCAAUCAGGUACGCAUACCUAAUUAUUAUAUAUUAUUAUUGUGUUCUAUGUUAUAUACAAAUAGAUCUUGGGUUUAUUAUUAAUUUUUCUAACAUAUAAUGGAAGGUGAAAUAAACAACUUGGUGAUGGUGUGGAUCACCGUGGUGGCAUCACUCUGUUACUGUCACACAAUCGGUAAGAUCAUCACGCCAGGCACAACCAGGCUCAUACCAAUCCUCCCUGUCAUACUUAUCUUCUUGGUUUUGCCUCUAAGCCUAAGGACCAUCUUUCUGGGAGGACCAAUUUCAUUCUUCGUGGCUUGGCUAGCCAACUUCAAACUUUUACUCUUUGCCUACGGUAAAGGCCCUCUUUCCUCUAACCCAUUACCACUCCCUUUGUCUCGUUUCAUCCCCUUAGCUUCCUUCCCAAUCAAAAUUCAAGAUAAUCCAAUAAAUAAACAAAAGAAAUCUCUCACAAACUAUGCCAUCAAGGCACUCAUACUCUCUACCAUCAUACCAAUUCAGCAAAACAAAUCAUCAAUUCACCCAAAUGUUUUCUUGUUUCUCUACUCCAUAUACAUGUACAUCGCUCUAGAGAUCAUCCUAGCCACGGUGGCGGCUUCGGUUCGAGCCGCGCUCUGUGUCGAGCUCGAGCCACAGUUUGAAGAGCCGUACCUUUCCACAUCACUACAAGACUUCUGGGGGAGGAGAUGGAAUCUCAUGGCCAGCGCCAUCCUACGUCCCACAGUGUACGUUCCCGUUAGGACCGUCACGAGCCGUUGGAUCGGGAGGAAGUGGGCCCCAGUUCCCGCUGUGAUUGCGGCGUUUUUGGUGUCUGGAAUUAUGCACGAGCUGAUUUUUUACAACAUAGGGAGAUUGAAACCCACGUGGGAAGUCACGUGGUUUUUUGCUCUGCAUGGGAUCUGUUUGGCUGCUGAGGUUUCCGUUAAGAAGGCCGUUAACGAGAAGUGGCGGCUGCCGCCGUUAGUUUCAGGGUUUUUGGCUGUGGCGUUUGUGAUGGCUACUGGCUUGUGGCUGUUCUUACCGGCUCUUAUGAGAUUAGAAGCCGAUGUAAUGGCUUAUAGAGAAAUGAUUGCGUUUAUUGACUUCAUCAAAAGCGUUAGCAAUAUUGAGCUGAGAAUGGACAAAGUUAUUAUUGUAUUCUCAGCCCUUCGAUCAUCCUGAUUAUUAUAUGUUUGCGUAUUCUUUCUUUCAUAUUUUUAUAAUAACAUAUAAUGUUUUGAUUGAUUAAAUAGAUAUUAUAAUUCUUUUGUUAAAACAUUUAAUUAAGUGUAGGACUUUACUAUUGUUGUAUAAUUAAAUGUAAAUGUAACAAAAUAUUAAAGUGAGACAAACUGAGUUUCGUCCAAGCACACAAUACCUGAAAAAUUAUCAAAAAAAAAAUAAUAUGUAAAUAUAAUUAAGUUACGCAUGUUUGAUUUGAUUUGAUUUUAUGAGUUAGAAUAAUGAUUAUUUUAGGGAGCUUGUGUGUUGACAAUGGAGGUUACAUGAGAGAGACGAUUAAUGGUAUAUAUAUAUAUUUGGAACCUAGCUAGUACUAUUUAAUUAUUGUAUAAAUAAGAAUACGAGCAAGGUGCUAUUACUAUUCUAUCGGUAUACUAUAGAUCAUGACCUUAAAUUUUGCCCUAAUUUUAUUAGGAUCCCUAGUCCAGUCCACGGUGAAGAUUUUUCUUGAUGUAUAGAACCUCCGUUAAACACACACACAAUGAGUCAAUUUGGAAAGGAUUAUAGUAAUAUAUAGUACACAAUGUGCUUCACUCCCUAU